CCACUGCAUUCAUUGUGCUACGGUCUAUCCACCCCCCUGCUGCUGCUGGGCUUGCGAUUGCCGCUUGCUCCAGCUGAGCUAAGAGUAGCAGCAGCACCAGGGCAGGGACUCACUCCAGCCCUUGGACUUAGGACAUCGCUACACGUUCCCUUGCCUGCGUGACUCAUUCGCACAUCAUUUUUGUUUAUGCCUGGGGUGGGGAGAAAUAUCCCAAACCAGCUGUGUAAAUGAGUAUGGAAGAUUAUGAUUUCCUGUUUAAAAUUGUUUUAAUUGGCAAUGCUGGUGUGGGGAAGACGUGCCUAGUCCGACGAUUCACUCAGGGUCUUUUCCCUCCAGGGCAAGGAGCCACGAUUGGAGUUGAUUUUAUGAUUAAGACAGUGGAGAUUAAUGGUGAGAAAGUAAAGCUUCAGAUCUGGGACACAGCAGGUCAAGAGAGAUUUCGGUCCAUUACCCAGAGUUACUACCGAAGCGCCAAUGCCUUGAUCCUCACCUAUGACAUAACCUGUGAGGAAUCCUUCCGUUGCCUUCCCGAGUGGCUGCGGGAGAUAGAACAAUAUGCCAGCAACAAGGUCAUCACUGUGCUAGUGGGCAAUAAGAUUGAUCUGGCUGAAAGGAGAGAGGUCUCCCAGCAGAGAGCUGAGGAAUUCUCAGAAGCUCAGGACAUGUAUUACCUGGAGACCUCAGCCAAGGAAUCGGAUAACGUGGAGAAACUAUUCCUUGACUUAGCAUGCCGCCUCAUCAGUGAAGCCAGGCAGAACACACUUGUAAACAAUGUCUCCUCGCCCUUACCUGGAGAAGGGAAAAGCAUCAGCUAUUUGACUUGUUGUAAUUUCAACUGAAGGCUGACGCGAGGAGAAGCGAAAGGAAUCAGCAGCUGCCCUGAAGGGCCCCGGAUUGCUGGGCAGAUCUGGUGAUGACUGUGGCUCCCGCUCUUAGACCUUCUGACUCCUGUGGGAUCCAGAGCUUACACAGCAUGGCAGGCCAAAGGCUUUGUCCGCAGGCCAGCAUUAGCAGAACACAUAACAGUUUCAUCCUUUCGCGGUCAGGAGUUGGAGCAAGGAGAAAACUGCACUAGGCGCUCCGUGGUCUGCAGAGCAUGUUGCUUUUGUUCUUUUAAAAAAGCAAGUAAAAGCGCAUUCCUGAACACAGUCCAGGGGGAAAUGCACUGUAGGGACCCCUCCUGCACGUCAGCGGGUGCAUGUGGGGGCUGUUCUUUAGGGCUUCUGGAGGCCCUGGUUUUCUUGUCUACCAGAUAAACCAAAACUGGGAAGGCCAAGUACUAUCUCUGUGGUGCGUGUUGACGACUCCUCGGAGUCUUUGAAAAGUGUUAUUUCUCUUGUCCACAGGCACUUUCAAGAACUUUGGGAUGUAAAAAUGAAAUGAAACCUUUACCCAUGACCAACAGUAACAAUCACAUUGGUUUAAUAAUAUAUACAAGCUCCAUUACUCCUUUUGGUGCUAAUGAUUCUGCUCUUUCACAGACCAAACAUUUUAGUACAUUGAUGUCCUUACAUGUAUUACAUUGAAAUAAAAAAAUAAUAAUAAGGGAAGUCCAUGAAUCAGCACUCUUUCUCAAAGUCUCCUUACUACCUUUUCUAGGGUGGAUUUGUUGGAAAAUAAAAUAUUUUUCCUUUCAUGUUCUUUCCCCUCUAAAUCUCUACCAUUUUUUUCUAUUCUCCCAUUUUUCCUGCCCUUUAAGUAAAUGAAAACACCAGAAAAAUGUAAAAAAAAAAAUGGUUGAUGAUAUUCUAAUAAAAAAAGACUAUCUCUAAGACAUUGUGAGUAGUAUGAGAAAACAGACCAGAUCUGACCAAGAUACUGUGGAUUAAUGGACUGCAAUGCAGAGUUCUAAGCAGAGCACAGUCCCUGAUAGCAGGUGAUACCUUUUACUCCCUGGUACUAUCCAUCUUGGACAGACCAAGGCUUAGAAUUUUGUACAUGUUUUUAGUAUGAUAAGUGACAAUAGCAGCAGAUGAAAAGUCUCAUGAACCAUUUUUGUAUCUUCAAGAACCUUAGAAAUACUCUGCUUGUGGAAGCAGGUGGAGCUGUUCUUUGUCACCUUCCUGUAGUGAUGUUGCUCUCAGACUCACAACCAUACAUUCUUUCUUCUUUCUUUUUCUUUGCCUUUCUUUCCUGGAAUCCUCCUCCUUUCCACUUUUCUUCUCUCUUUAUAUGCAUGUGUUACUGCAAAUCUCCAAUUUAAAUGGAGGUGUAUAUGCCUUUACUUAGCUGAUUUUAAAACAAGACUCAAAAUGGAAGAUGUGCUGCUGAAUAUGUGUUACUGAUUUCUUUAGUGCCAUACUUUGAUGCCUUCCAAUUUGUUCACUGGUAUAAAUGCAAAUUGGGGAAAUAAUUAAACCUGUAUGCCGUCAGAUGUUUCUGUAGCUUGCUGCUUGGCAUCACUGAGGGCUGAGUAAUGGGGUACGGAUAUGAUAUGCAGUUCUGCCGUUGUCGAUGGUGGCCAUCUCGGUCCUGAUUGUUGAUAUUUGAAAGCUCUUUAAUUUUAAAGAAAUGAGGCACGUAGAGACAUGGUAUUGGUAAAGCAUUUCCAGCAUUUCUCUAGCAGAUUUCAGAGUGACUUAUCUUUUGUAUAGAGGUUAUACAUAUUGUUUUAAAGAGGUUGAUAACUUUUGGUUGGCUUUACUGUGUUUGUCCUGAUCCUCUGGGCGAGAGAAAAAGAUCUCAUAAGUUUGAAUUGCUUUUAUUUUGACUCUGUUUCUACAGGAAGGAAGAAUCAUUUUAAUAAACACCAACCAAAAUCAUUGAUAAUUAUUGCUUUUCCCUCCCCAUUUCUCCACUAAACCAGCAAUAAUAAAAGUAGCCAGAAAACAAGCUGAUCGAAGUGGGCAGAACUUCUCUUUUUAAACUGUGAGCAAGCGUUCCUAAGUUUAGAUUUCUUGUCAUUCAUUUAUGGCAAAAAAUCUAAUUAAUAUCCCACAUCAUGACCCAACCUUAUCUCCAUGGCAGCAAGUGUGUUGAAACUAAAGCUGCUUUGUGAACUUAGAUAGGAUUUUGUUAGACUGGACAAAUUUGGUCAUAAAACAACAGCUUCUAGGGCUCCUCUUGCAUCUGAAAUUGUAAUUCCUUAGGGCUCAGCAUCCUCUCUCCACCCUUGGCCAUACUCAUAAGGGGAUUAGAAAGCCCUGCUCUUGGCCCCUUCCUUCCCUGUUACUCCUCCCAGCCUUUCCGUAGCUCACGGUCACCCAUCCAUGGCCCAUAAGUGGGGAUACAUGAGCUCCAUGCCCCCAACCCUAGUUGUGUGAAUUCCAGAUUAGGCCUUAUGGACACUUGUUCACGGACACAUUUCAUGUUUGAGAACACUCCCUGACAGUACUAUAGGUGCUCAAUAAAAGUUGAAUGAAGACUUAGUGCCAAGUGGAGCUUUGCCAGUGAAAUAGAAAUUUCUCAAAUAGAACUUGAGAAAGGAUACUAAUGAAAUGUGGUUAUCUUAACCUAGACCAAGUCCUAAACUUACUGUUUUGCUUACUAGUUAUUAUUGCCAUGGCAGUGUUUGCCACGAUGAGCCUUCUUAAAUAAAAAUGAAUUCUUACUUAA